GAAACCCUAGAAAGAGUGUGCGUGCGAGCAACACCCUGAGGAGUGAGGAGUCUGAGGACUGGGACCUAUAUUUACAAUUAGCUGUAUAUCUAUAUCUCUAUAUAUAUGUAGGUAUAUCUACUCUUGUUCGUCCUCUCCGCCUCCUCCGUGGCCCUUCUGCUGAGAAUCCGAGUCUGUCAGAGUUGAUUCGAAUCGAAUCCGAAUCAGUGAGUUGAGAGAGAGCUUUGAGGAAGAAAAUCCAUGUCUGACAGUGAGGAGCACCAUUUCGAGUCCAAGGCCGAUGCUGGAGCCUCCAAGACCUAUCCCCAGCAGGCCGGUACCAUCCGUAAGAACGGCUACAUCGUCAUCAAGGCUCGCCCUUGCAAGGUGGUAGAAGUUUCCACCUCCAAGACUGGCAAGCAUGGUCAUGCUAAGUGCCACUUUGUAGGAAUUGACAUUUUUACUGGCAAGAAACUUGAAGAUAUUGUGCCCUCUUCCCAUAACUGUGACGUUCCUCAUGUCAAUCGUACUGACUACCAGCUGAUUGAUAUCUCUGAGGAUGGAUUUGUGAGUUUGCUGACUGAAAAUGGGAACACCAAGGAUGAUCUGAAGCUCCCAACCGAUGACAAUCUGCUGACCCAGAUCAAGGAUGGGUUUGCCGACGGCAAGGACCUGGUUGUCAGUGUGAUGUCGGCAAUGGGGGAGGAGCAGAUUUGUGCUCUGAAAGACAUUGGCCCCAAGUAGUUUAUUUAUAAUAAGUGGAGGACUGUUUGUUGCAACUUUAGCUGAAAGAUUUUUGCGAGCCCUUUAUAGCUUGCUCUCCUUAAGACAAUCGGGUGUAUUUCGGUGGUUGUGUGGAUGGAGUUAUAUGGGUUUCGAACAAAUUUAUAUUAUUAUUAUUAUUACCUUCUCUUGUUACGUUA